CCGCGAUCCUCGGCUCGGCCGGCAGCCUACGCCCACUUCGCCCGACGCUGGCGCUUCCGGUUCCGGUAGCCGCUGGCUGUGGGCAUCCGAGGCAACAUCUAUGGCGGGGAGCCGGCUGGAGACCGUGGGGAGCAUUUUCACGCGGACUCGGGACCUGAUUCGGGCUGGGGUGUUGAAGGAGAAGCCCCUCUGGUUUGACAUAUAUAACGCUUUUCCUCCACUGAGAGAGCCGGUCUUCCGAAGGCCCCGCCUGAGAUACGGCAAAGCCAAAGCUGACAUCCAGGACAUCUUGUACCCAGAGGACCGGAUUAGAGCGAAAUUUUAUUCAGUCUAUGGAUCUGGUCAGAAAGCUUUUGAUCUGUUCAACCCAAACUUCAAAUCUACCUGUCAACAGUUUGUGGAGAAGUACACUGAGCUGCAGAAACUUGGAGAAACGGAUGAAGAGAAAUUAUUUGUGGAAACAGGAAAGGCUUUAUUGGCAGAAGGUGUCAUUUUGAGACGAGUAGGAGAAGCAAGGACUCAAAAGGAAGGCAGUCACGUUUCCUCAGCAUCUGAACCUUCGGAUGUGAAGCCCCAAACAGCGCCGGGGGAAAACCCGCCUCUGCCGGGACCCCUCCAGGACCAGCGUGCGGAGGCGGCCGCAGGGCAGCCGAAAGGUCUCUCUCCUCCCUGAAGAACGCGUGCACCGUGUAUGCCGACAUCCAAACUGUAUUCACUGGAUGAAUGUUGAACUGUUUUUAACAGUCGAACUGUGUAAAUGUUUCCUGAUCUCUAAGGCAUUAUGUUUGCCUUCUUUGAUUUCCUAUUUCUAGGUUGUCACUCAGUUUCAUGGUUUGAAUGAACUUUUAUGUUAGGAUGGUAUUAAAUAAAGAAUGCCCUGGGUGCUUAUAAAAUAAAUUUACUUUAAAAUUGUAAA